AUGGCACCACGGACAGCAUCUUUCAAGCUCGUGCUCCUGGGAGAGUCGGCAGUGGGAAAGAGCAGCUUGGUGCUGCGAUUCGUGCGUUCGGCGACGGAGGUCCGCGACGAGUUCUCAGACUUUAGGGAGUCCACUAUCGCCGCGUUCCUCACCCAGACGGUGCCGCUCGACGAUUCGACCAACAUCAAGUUUGAGAUCUGGGACACUGUAGGUGCCGGCCAGGAGCGAUACAAGUCGCUCGCCCCGAUCUACUUCAGGAACGCCAACGCCGCCGUGAUUGUGUACGACAUUACUCAGCCCCCAGAGGCGUCGUUUGACAAGGCAAAGUCGUGGGUCCGCGAACUGCAGCGCCAGGCGGACCCAAACAUUGUCAUCAUGCUCGUCGGCAACAAGUCGGACCUCAAGGCGUCGCGCAAGGUGCCACGCGAGCUCGGGGAGCAGUUUGCAAAGGACGAGGAGCUGCUGUUCACCGAGGCGAGUGCCAAGACGGGCGAUGGUGUCGACGACCUGUUCAUGUCGAUUGGUGAGUUUGUCGUUUGUCCCAAGAAUCUCCCCCUGGCGGCACCCAAGACACCAGGCAACAGCGGAGUCAAGAUCGCCAACGCGCCUGUCGAGGAGGAGAGCAAGCGUGCAUGCACCGACACAAUGGCUGAGGUCGCGCUGACGGUGACACGGCCAUCCACGGCGACCCCUCAACCCCCAGCACCUCCAUCCCCCACCACCACCACCCCCGCCCUCACCCCCGCCCUCACCCCCUUCGCGCUCGGGUUCCUCGCCCUCCCGCCCGAGCUCGCGACCCGCAUCCUCCUCUUCCUCGCGCCAGACGACCUCGGCGUGCUCUCGCGCACCGUCGAGCAGCUGGCCGGCGUCGAGCGGGACGCGUACUUGUGGAGCGUGUGGAUCAGCCAGACCGCCCCCUCCCGCAUCCACCACGCCUUAUCGUCGCCGCUCCAUCCGCGCCCAGACGCCGCGGAGCUCGUGCGCCGCGGCACGCUGCGCGGGCUCGCAGUGAUCUCGGGCGUCAAGGCGGGCAUCUACUGGGGCAGCGACGUCGCGGUCCGCCUCUCGCUCGUGCACGAGAAGCUGUCGUCCGAGAGACGCCGGCGCAAGCUCACCGCGGCACUGCACACGCGUCCGCCCGCGUCCCGCCUCGUCGCGGCGGGCAUCUUGCCGCCUGCCACGCCGACCGCCGCCGCGACGAUCCGCGCCCGCGCACAUGCGCUCGAGCGCGCGCGGAAGCGCGACGCGGUGCGCGCCGCGCUGCGCGGGUUCGGCGUCGGCUCGCGCCGCUUCGAGGACGUCGCGUCCGCGUCGUGCGGCGUGUGGAAGGAUAGAGGGGAGCGCGUGCUCCUUGCGCUCUGUCCCGGCAUCAAGGAGAAGCAGCGCUUCUUUGAGGCGCUCGCUGGGCGCGUGGUGUGA